GCUGGAUGCGUCGAUUCGACGACCUCAGAACGUACCUUCCUUCAAUUCUUUGUCGCUCAAGGCCCACGAAGCUUUCUCGAACGCCAAACCCCGACGGCACAAACCACAAAAUCUCGGCAUUUCGACAGUGCCUACCGCAUAGCAGCUUCGUCCCUGGGAUUGCCGCCAUUCUCUCUCAGCUUCAGUGGCUGAGCUCAGGACUCUGGACAGGACGGAGGGGGACGUUGAUUGAUCGCCUAGCCAUGCGCCGUGACUCGUGAGCCACGCAAACCACCAUGGCGAACCCUCGGCCAGGCGCCUCUGAUGGACCAUCCAACACCGAGCCCAACGGGCCUCAGUCUUCAGGGGGGGAUGGAGGAGGAGGACCCUUUUUCACCCGACCGUUCACACUCUUAGAGGCACUUCCUUACACGCCUUUCACCUCAAUUGUCCCCAUCGACUCGGGCCUCAUUCUACCUCCCUCUAUUGGCGCGGCGUCACCUGCGCCGAGUCUCAACGACCUGAUAUCCAGUCAGGACUUCGAUGCUCUGAACCAAGAGGCCCAGACCCACGAUACCGCCUCGAAGCGCCUUCAGCAGACCAUGAGCCAGCUUCAGCAUCUGAUCAAGCGAACGGCCAUAACCGAGUUGUAUGUUCUGACGUCAGGUUGAAGAGAGAGUGGACUGACAGCUUACAACUUCCAGCAAGUUCAAGACGGGCCCCAAAA